GCCCAGCCCACGGCCCAGCCUAGACUAAUUCAACUGGCCUGCGUUCCGCGGUCCUGCUAACUGGCCAACUGCGAAGAAAGAAAAUCGAAGAAGGAAGACGAGUAGACGACGGAGCUUCAGCCUUCAGCUGCUGCAAGUUGCGACGAAGAAGGGGACACCAAGCCACCAGCCGCGCCGCGUUCCGCCGUCCACGCCGCUCAUUCAGGGCCCUGCGUUGUCGGCGGUCCUCCCUCUCUGGACUCCCGCUCUGGGCUCUUCCUCCAGCUCACCCAAUCUCUCAAUCCUGGAUCCGCCCCUGCUCGCCAGGGUCGCAGAGAACACAGCAGGAAAAAGUUCCGGCUGACCACAUCCGCCUGCAUCUUCCUGAGUGCUCUUCUGCCCACCUUCGCGGCUGCGCCACUGCCAGUCAUCGGUCUCAGAAUCUCAGACUCUCUAGUCUGCCAGCCGUACUUCCGUGGACAAAUUUUUCAAUUAGAAAGACCAAUCCAUCAACCAUUAUAGAGAAGUAAGAUAAACAUUAUGAACAGCUAAUGGUACGCCCUACUUGCAAUUGUAAGACUGUGAUAAGCUCCAGCCGCAAUACCCACAAUCUUAACGGUGGUAGAGCCAAACUCAACUCUGACUGGAAACAUUUGGUCAAACUCUGAUCUGGUGCUGAGGUCAGCCAAUCAUUCCUACGGUCCUCUUACAGUCCUACUUCCUCAUCCAAAAGCGUCUCAAUACUUACUGAAUUAGGAUUUUUUCUUCCAAGUAGAGAAGAAAUGAAGAGGAGAAAACCAGAAGGAGCAUCGCCUUCUCAGCCUCUGGUGGAUGCUGAAAGUGUGGUCCUCAAUUUGAUCAAAAGUAAGAAAACUCUCGGAAUGUGGUUGGCUGACGUGAAGAAAGAAUCAAAGCUUCCACCAACUGUGGUUGACAAAUCCCUGGCUUCACUCGUGAAGCAGAACCUCAUAAAACCGGUCAAGAACAUACAGAACAAAUCUAGAAAGACCUUUAUAGCUGCCGAGUUUGAACCUUCAGCAGAACUCACCGGCGGUGUGUGGUACACUGAUGGCAAUCUCGACAAAGGACUUAUUAGUGAGCUCAAAGGCACAUGUGAAAAGGUCAUAAAGAGACUUCAAGUCACUACGGCUGAAGGGGUAUUUGAUUUUCUGAAGCAGCGCAAAGCACUUAACAUGGGCACGAGCGCACAGAUUGGCGAAAUCCUGAGGUCUCUUGUUUUGGAUAAUGCAAUCAUAGAGGUGAAGAGCACUGGGAUGGGAGAAUAUCAUUCUAUACCAGUCGGCGCGGUUUGUUAUCGAACAGCAAGUGGGGCUGCCGGGAUGGACUCCAAGAUAGUUAGCGCAAUGACUUUGAUACCUUGUGGGGUUUGUCCGAGGAUUAAUGACUGUACGCCAGAUGGAAUCAUCUCCCCAAGUAAUUGUGUCUACUUCUCCAAAUGGUUGGAUUUUUGAAUUCUAAGCCUUUUCUGCAUUAGUAAGGUUUAUAGUCGUUCAACCAGUGGUAUGGUUAGGCUACUAUGAGAUGCUGCAUUUGAUAGCUGCAUUCUGCUUGGUGGGUUUCACCUGGAAGUCAUCUGGGGUUCUUCUACUGCUAUUAAUCUGCAGAUAUCUGUUUUUCGUGUUGGUUUUUGAUCUUUAUAAAAUGGAUUUAUAGCUAUUCUUUGUCCAGUUGAGUUGGGAUAAGUUGUCACCAUAAUACUACUCUGGAUAUGUGUUCAAGGGAUGAACCCGGUUCUAGUCCGUUCCAGGCUCCCAGCUCUGGAUCCAAAAGCAGUAUGGAAUAUGGAUCUUUAGCCUAUUUUCUUUAUUUAAAAAAACACAGUAUGGAGACAAAUACAGCUCUGGAUCCAAAAGCAGUACAUCUAUUUUUAUUAUUAGUGCACAUAUAGGAUGUUGAUUGGACUGACGGAGAGCCCCCUAAAUUUUACUAGUAUUAGUAUGCAAAUAGGAUGCUCAUUGGACUUAAACUUUCCGGUCUCAUCUGGUUUGAUAGAUGCAUCAUGCAUGUUCUAUAUGUACUUUACAACAAUUGAAGUAUGAUUUGGUAUGCUUGAGUCUAGUUUGUUCUGAUUUGGUCUGGGAUUAAAACCAGUUCAAUUAAAAACAUCUUAGUGAUGUUGAAGUACAAAGUUUAGUUUAGCGUUACCACAA